GAAACCGGAAGCGGCUCUCAGCUAUCAGGUGAUCAGCUAGCCGAACAGAUCGGUUUGUCGGUGAGACAAGAAGCUACAAACAAGCCGAAAUUGAGGAUAAUUUCUGUUUUUAUCCGCCACGGAGGGAACCGUCCGUCGACAAGCCUUCUUUCAGAGGGAAAUGUUCCAGUAGGACCGCUUGUGACACAUCAGCAUAAUGUCGGGGAACAACUUGGUUCUACCCAUAGUGCUGUGGGGCCGCACGGCUCCCACCCACUGCAUCAGCAGUCUGCUGGUGAUGGACGACUUCAGCACCAUCAUCACCGGCUGCCAUGACGGUCAGAUCUGUCUCUGGGACAUGACACCUGAGCUGGAGAUUUGUCCCAGGGCCAUGUUGUUUGGUCACACAGCCUCCAUCACCUGUCUGUCUAAAGCCAGUGCGUGCAGUGACAAACAGUACAUCGUCAGCGCUUCAGAGAGCGGAGAGAUGUGUUUAUGGGAUGUGAACGAUGGACGCUGUAUCGAGUUCACCAAGCUGGCCUGUGCUCACACUGGCAUACAGUUCUACCAGUUCACCAUCGGCACUGAGAGGGAGGGGCGUCUGCUUUGCAACGGCCACUACCCAGAAAUCCUCGUGGUGGACGCCACCAGCCUGGAGGUCCUGUACUCGCUGGUGUCCAAGAUCUCUCCUGACUGGAUCAGCUCCAUGAGCAUCAUCCGAUCCCACCGGACACAAGAGGACACGGUGGUGGCAGUGUCAGUGACAGGGAUUUUAAAGGUCUGGAUCAUCACAGCUGAGGUCAACAAGAUGCAGGACCUGGACCCUGUCUUUGAGGAAGAGUCCAAACCCAUCUACUGUCAGGGCUGUCAGAGUAUUUCCUUCUGUACCUUCACUCAGAGCAGCCUGCUGGUCGUCUGCUCCAAGUACUGGAGGGUGUUUGACGCAGGCGACUACUCGUUGCUCUGCUCGGUGCCCAGUGACAACGACCAGGCCUGGACCGGAGGAGAGUUCAUCGCCACAGAUAAAGUCAUCAUCUGGACUGAAGACGGCUGCAGUUACAUCUACAAGCUGCCCGCCAGCUGUCUGCCUGCCAGUGAACAUUUCCGCAGUGAUGUUGGAAAAACCAAAGAAGGCUCCAUCCCUCCGCUGGUCUACAGCAUCGCUGACCGCUCAGACAAACAGCUCCUGAUCUGUCCUCCUGUGACUCACUUCUUCUUCGGCCGACGGGAGCCCUUCCAUAAGCUGCUGAUCCAGGGAGACUCAGCGGGCAGACUGUCCCUGUGGAGCAUCCCAGACACUUCGCCUCUGCAGCCGCUGUCGACCGCUGCAGAGCUGCAGGUGUCGUCCACCAUCAGUCUGCAGGAGGCGUUUGAUAAGUUGACCCCCGUGUCUGCAGGGAUCAUCGACCAGCUCAGUACUCUGCCAGGAAAAGACGGACCCAUUAAGGUCACAGCCAGCGUGUACAUCCCCUCUCAGGGUCGCCUGGUAUGCGGGAGAGAGGACGGCAGCAUCAUCCUGGUUCCUGCCACACAGACCGCCAUCGUCCAGCUGCUGCAGGGGGAGCACAUGCUCAGGAGAGGCUGGCCACCCCAUCGCACCCUGAGAGGUCACCGGAACAAGGUGACAUGCGUCCUGUAUCCGUACCAGAUCUCCCCUCGCUAUGACCAGCGCUCGCUGGUGUCCGGAGGCGUGGACUUCUCCGUCAUCGUCUGGGACAUUUUCACCGGAGAGAUGAAGCACAUUUUCUGUGUCCACGGAGGAGAGAUCACCCAGCUCAUCGUCCCACCUGAAAACUGCAGCACUCGGGUGCAGCACUGUGUCUGCUCAGUGGCCAGCGACCACUCUGUCGGCCUGCUCAGCCUCAGGGAGAGGAAGUGCAUCAUGCUGGCGUCGCGACACCUCUUCCCCAUCCAGGUCAUCAAGUGGCGUCCGGCUGACGACUACCUGGUGGUGGGAUGCUCCGAUGGCUCCGUGUACGUCUGGCAGAUGGAUACAGGAGCCUUGGACCGCUGCGUGAUGGGCAUCACGGCGGUGGAGAUCCUGAACGCCUGUGACGAGCUGGCUCCAGCCACCGUGGACGCUCUCAGCCACUCAGCUGUGAACCUGAAGCAGGCGAUGACUCGCCGCAGCCUGGCGGCACUGAAGAACAUGGCCCAGCACAAACUGCAGACGCUCGCCACCAACCUGCUGGCUGCAGACAACGCUGACAAGGGCAACCUGCCGAAGUACUCCCAUAAUGCCCUGGUGGUCCAGUCGAUGAAGACCAACCUGACAGACCCCGACAUGCAUGUGCUGUUCUUCGACGUGGAGGCGGUGAUCAUUCAGCUUCUGACGGAGGAAGCCCAGAGACCAAACCCCACGCUGGUGUCUCCAGAGACGCUGCAGAAGAGCCAGGCUGGGGCUGACAAGGGGGGGUCCUUCCUGGCCAACAAGAUUUUCAAACAGGUGAAGGAGACGAUGAAGGAGACCAUCAAGGAGCACCUGUUGGAUGAAGAUGAGGAGGAGGAGGAAGAGAUGAGGAGGCGGGAGGAGAAGUCCAAGUCUCUGAGUCUGCUGGAGUACAACCUGACGAUGGACACGGCCAAACUCUUCAUGUCCUGCCUGCACGCCUGGGGUCUCAACGAGCAGCUGGACGGCAUCUGUCUGGAGCGACUGGGCAUGCUCAGACCGCACUGCCCCAUCUCCUUCGGCCUGAUCUCCAGAGGAGGUCACAUGUCCCUCAUGCUGCCCACAUUCAAGGAGUCUUUGCUGCGGCAGUUGUCCCUCGCGACGGGUCUGAAGCUGACUCUGUCUGACAUCGUGGGGAAGGGGACAUACGGUGUGUCGAGGGCCGUCACCACACAGCACCUGCUGUCUGUGAUCUCACUCGCCAACACUCUGAUGGGCAUGACCAACGCCACCUUCGUCGGAGAGCACAUGAAGAAAGCACCAGUCAGGCCUCCCAGACCAGGAGGAACCCCGGAGAGUCCUCGCAGGACGCUGGCUGCCCCCCCUCAGCCCUCCAACCCAGCGCUACAGGCCCAGAUCAAACAAGGUUGGAGCCAGCUGGCAGCCAUGCACUGUGUGAUGCUCCCUGACCUCCUCGGCCUGGACAAGUUCAGACCUCCUCUGCUGGAGAUGUUGGCGAGGAGGUGGCAGGACCGCUGUCUCGAGGUGCGAGAAGCAGCACAAGCUCUCCUACUGGCUGAGUUGAGAAGGAUCGGCCAAUCUGGACGUAAGGACACCAUCGACAUGUGGGCUUCCUAUCUGCCUCAGUAUGUGGACACUGUCAGCUCCCCUGGAUCGACCACUGAGCCCUCCCCUCCAGCUCCGCCUCCUCCCGAGGCUCAGCCAAUAGAAGCAAAGGUUCCUGAGGAGGAAAUGGACGUCACGGAUGAUGACAUCACAGCAGGGUGUCUGUCCAACCUUCCACCCAACGCCAAGAAGAUCUCCAACUCAUACGAGGAGCGCCGUAAACAAGCCACCGCUAUCGUGCUGCUGGGGGUCAUCGGGGCUGAGUUCGGCGCUGAGAUUGAACCUCCGAAGGGUUUAGCACGGGCUCGAGCCGGCGGACAGGCGCCUGAGGGCUUCGGACUGACAAGCGGAGGGUCAUCCAACUAUUCACUGGCCAGACACACAUGUAAGGCGCUGACCUUCCUGCUGCUGCAGCCCCCCAGCCCCAAGCUGCCUCCCCACAGCACCAUCCGCCGCACCGCCAUCGAUCUGAUUGGCCGAGGCUUCACCGUGUGGGAGCCGUAUAUGGACGUGUCAGCGGUGCUCAUGGGACUGCUGGAGCUCUGCGCCGAUGCUGAGAAGCAGCUGGCCAAUAUCACCAUGGGUUUACCCCUCAACCCGCCGGCAGAUUCUGCUCGCUCAGCCCGCCAUGCCCUCUCUCUCAUCGCCACUGCCCGGCCUCCAGCCUUCAUCACCACCAUUGCAAGAGAGGUUCAUCGGUACAACGCGGCUCAGGCGAACUCUCAGUCGCAGCAGAACGUUCACACCACCACUCUGGCCAGAGCCAAGACUGAGAUACUGCGAGUCAUCGACAUCCUGAUAGAGAAGAUGCCUGGAGACGUCGUGGAUCUGCUGGUCGAGGUGAUGGAUAUCAUCAUGUACUGUAUCGAAGGGUCUCUGGUGAAGAAGAAAGGACUGCAGGAGUGUUUCCCUGCUAUUUGCAAGUUCUACAUGGUUGGUUACUGUGACCGUAGCCACCGCAUCGCUGUUGGAGCUCGCCAGGGUUCAGUGGCUCUCUACGAUGUUCGCACUGGAAAAUGUCAGAACAUCCACGGUCAUAAGGGUCCGAUCACAGCCGUGUCUUUCGCCCCUGAUGGCCGUUACCUGGCAACAUACUCCAACGCUGACAGCCACAUCUCCUUCUGGCAGAUGAACACCAGUCUGCUGGGCAGCAUCGGGAUGCUGAACUCGGCCCCUCAGCUCCGCUGCAUUAAGACCUACCAGGUUCCUCCGGUGCAGCCGGCGUCCCCGGGCUCCCAGAACCACCUGAAGCUCGCCCGCCUCAUCUGGACCUCCAACCGCAACGUCAUCCUGAUGGCCCACGACGGCAAGGAGCACCGCUUCAUGGUCUAAACCCGAUCUGUGUCUUCAGCUAAGCCCUUCGUGUUGUAUUUGUUUUAGGGUUUGAAGUGCUGCAGCAUGGACUCUGUCACUGGUCACUUUAGUUUUAGCUUCAAGUUCAUAUCCUGAGCUGCCGAGUCCAACUAUUAAUGAGUGUAGAGAUAAGUGAGGCUGACAGUAAAGGCUCCGUUGAGGUUUCACUGAGAUACAUUCAAAGGCUUGUCUUUAAAUCUAAAUGUAAUGAGUUGCAGUUCGGCCAGAGAAGUAAAAACCCAGCUCAGGUCCAGGUCUGAGACCAGACUGGAUCAGUUUUUGUUUAUAUGUCUUAUAGUGAUCAUUAUGAAGAAGCUCGCUGUGUAAUUUAUUUUAAAGCCGCGAUAGAAGGCUCGUUUACAUUAUGAUUUGUACUGAUGUAUUUUGUUAACACCUUCUCGUCAUUCCUAUUUAUUUGCUGAUGUCACAGAUCUUCUCUGUCGCCAUCUUGGGUCCCAGCUGUUGCUGUUAGUUUAUUUCAGUGCUAAAUACGAUCGUCUUAUCUUUAAAUUUGCAGGUGACUGAUUGGAUUGAACACAGGGACCUAACAUGAGUCAAUCUUCGCCCCGUUGUCAGUUUUCAGAUUCAAAAAAUUAAACAACCUAGAAUUAAUUUCAUUAUGUUUCUUUGCUGGGAUGAAUUAUUUCUAACAGACGGGUUAAAAUAUUUUAAGGAAAUUCUCCACUGCUCUUAAAGGCUUACGUUCUCUCCGACCUCUGUAACACAAGUACACACUUUCCACAUUUCACACUGCAUUUGUGUGUGUGUGUGUGUGUGUGUGAGAGAGAGAGAGAGAGAGACUUCUUUGGUGUUUGCUUUUACUUUUAUAACACCUUCAUAGCUUUUUCAGCCUCUCUGAGCUUUAUGCAGAAAUGUGUGUGUGUGUGUGUGUGUGUGUGUGUGUGUGUGUGUGUGUGUGUGUGUGUGUGUUUACACCCAAGUGUAUUUUCACUAACACACAUUUUCACUUUAGGCUGCUCGUCCUAAAAGCACGAUCACUGUAAACCUUUACACACCGAGUCACAGCAGAUAUUAAAAAGGAGAAAACCCAUAAUAUGAUUUUGGUCACAUAUUAAAGGAUUAACGUCAACACUGUAUGAUUUAACAGAGGGCGUUCUGUGGUGCAGAGCCUGACUCGAGCCGUUUUCUCGUAUGAAUUCUAGCACACAACAGGAGACUGUCCGUGUCAGACACAAUCUCACUGACUGGAAAUACUGCGUGGUUUAGGCGAGGGUUGGCACCAGGGUAAAGUGUGUAGGAGGCAAAAAUUAUGCCGCAGAAAUCAUAGUUUACAAAGCUAGUUCCUAAUUGAUUACGCUGGGUCUUGUGCCGUUCCUUGAAUUUGUCUGACGACUUCAGGUUCGACUCCUACCGACAGAAGUUCCCGAAACUCGCUGUGUCUCCAGAUUUUCAUUUGCUUCGUUGUGUAAAUGACCCUCGGAUGUUUGUAUACUUCUGGUUUCGCACCAGUUGCUCGAUAGAAAUGUCAUCAACAUGUCACUCGCUUACUUUAAAUUCCCUGGAAGAUGACGUGCUCUAUUCACACAUGGCCUCAAUUGGACAUUACGCAGAUUUUGUGCUGGGGAGUUAGCAGGGUGAAGUCCAUCAUUCAUCCAGUCCAACUGAUUGGGACAUUUGCGUUCUCACGCAGAGCUCCUUCGAGUUACGUCUAGAUGAGUUCAGGGUCGCAGUGUGUGUGUGACAGGGGCUUCAGUUUUGUUUUUGAGUUUAGUUUCCGUGGCUCCGUAGCACCUGGUCCUGUUAAAUAGGGGCAAAAGGUAUUUUGCUAAUCGUUCAAGUUUAGGUCAAGUUCUUUCUCUCCUCGCUUUCACUUUGCAUUGAGUGUGAGUACAACAUCAGCUUUGUUCGGCCUCUUAGAGUCACUUUUGUCUGUCGAGUGGUUCCUCCAUAGUUCCCAUGGUUCCCUCUGUCGACAUGUUCCCAAGUGAACCUUUUCUUUUUCUUCUCUGUCGCUUUAUACUUCACUAAUAGGUGUACAGGCUUCUCUUCAUCUUUGCAGCUUUCAUCCAUUCUGCUCCCAGUGCGUACAUGUACAGUAUAUAUAUAAAUAUAUAUCUCGCUCCUCAGAGCUGCUGGGUAAUGUAGUCUGUUAAUCUUGUACAGUGAGCGUAGAUCCUGUUUGGUGUAUUCAUUGUGGCUAACAUGAUUGUCUGCCUGGCACUGACUAGUUCUUCACAUGAGUGAAUUUUCUGUUUUAAAACUUUAUAUUUAGGAGAAAAUAUAAAAAUAUCACAGUAUUCAUUUACAUCUUCACAUGGUUAGUUUAGAGAAACAAUAGGUCUCUGUCAGGUGUCAGUUAUUUUGACUCAAGCUUGGAGGCUAUCCAGCGUGACUCUUUAUGGUUGGACACAUUUUUGCACAGCACACCUUACUGCUGUGUAGGACCUUUUUUAUUUUUAAAAUGUUAUAAUUGUUUUCAGAGUUUUAUGCAGAAAGAGAUAUAUAAACAAUGGAAGGCCAUUUCUGCCAGUGUAAUUAAAGAAAAAUGAUCCUGUCAGUCAAGAUGAGAAACUUUUUCUAAAUAAUGACUUAGUAUUAAAAUAAUGACUCAAAAUUUCAUGACUCAGUCUCUCCAAGUAAUGACUUAGUUUCUCAAAAUAAUGAUUUAGUAUCUGAAAAUUGAGUAGUUCCGUAAAAAUAUUAUAUAAUUAUAUAUAUAAUUAUAUUUCAAAUUAAAGACUUACUAUCUCAAAAUAAUGACUUAGUUUCUAAAGCUAAUCACUUAGUAUCUCAUAAUGACAUAAUUUCUUAAAAUGACUUUGUUUACCAAAAUAACGUUUCUAAAAAUGACAACUUAGUUUCUCAAAGUAAUGACUUACUAUCGCAAAAAUAAUGACCAAGCCUCAAAAUGACUGUUUCUCAAAAUGACAUAAAUUCUUAAAAUGACUUUGUUUCCCAACAAUUUUUCAAACUAACGAAACGCUUCCUUAAAAUAUUAACUCAGUAUCAGUUCUCAUUUUCAUUUUGAGAUACGAAGACAUUACUUGAGAU